UCGGCGAGCGGCGGCAGUGGGAGCCGCGUCCGCCGCAUCCGCCUCGACUCGGUGCCGGCCCCGGGCCCUCCCCUCAUGACUGCGGCGCCUCUGCUGCCACCGCCCGCCCGGCCGCCGCUCGCCGCAGGAUGGAUGCGGACCGUGCGGCGCUAACCCCCGUGGCUCAGCUCCCGAAUCGCCCGCCUUCGAGCCCUCCUCGUGAGCCGCAGCAGCCUCGGUGCCAGCAGCCGCCGCAGCUGGGCCCAGCGGUCCGCCUGUCCCUCGUCGCGGCUUGUCAGUGCUGAGUGAGGCGUCGUCCGGGUCGGCGCGAACCCGCCCGGCCGCGGUGCCCUGCAGACCUCUGCGCGGGCGGCUCGGCCCUUCACGCCCUUUUCAUUCACGAAUCCGAGCCCGCUCGCCUCUCUCCAGCGAACCGACCAUGUCUGGCGGCGCCGCAGAGAAGCAGAGCAGCACUCCCGGUUCCCUGUUCCUCUCGCCGCCGGCUCCUGCCCCCAAGAAUGGCUCCAGCUCCGAUUCCUCCGUGGGGGAGAAACUGGGAGCCGCGGCCGCCGACGCUGUGACCGGCAGGACCGAGGAGUACAGGCGCCGCCGCCACACUAUGGACAAGGACAGCCGUGGGGCGGCCGCGACCACUACCACCACUGAGCACCGCUUCUUCCGCCGGAGUGUCAUCUGCGACUCCAAUGCCACUGCACUGGAGCUUCCCGGCCUUCCUCUCUCCCUCCCCCAGCCCAGCAUCCCCGCGGCUGUCCCGCAGAGUGCUCCGCCGGAGCCCCACCGGGAAGAGACCGUGACCGCCACCGCCACUUCCCAGGUAGCCCAGCAGCCUCCAGCCGCUGCCGCCCCUGGGGAACAGGCCGUCGCGGGCCCUGCCCCCUCGACCGUCCCCAGCAGUACCAGCAAAGACCGCCCAGUGUCCCAGCCUAGCCUUGUGGGGAGCAAAGAGGAGCCGCCGCCGGCGAGAAGUGGCAGCGGCGGCGGCAGCGCCAAGGAGCCACAGGAGGAACGGAGCCAGCAGCAGGAUGAUAUCGAAGAGCUGGAGACCAAGGCCGUGGGAAUGUCUAACGAUGGCCGCUUUCUCAAGUUUGACAUCGAAAUCGGCAGAGGCUCCUUUAAGACGGUCUACAAAGGUCUGGACACUGAAACCACCGUGGAAGUCGCCUGGUGUGAACUGCAGGAUCGAAAAUUAACAAAGUCUGAGAGGCAGAGAUUUAAAGAAGAAGCUGAAAUGUUAAAAGGUCUUCAGCAUCCCAAUAUUGUUAGAUUUUAUGAUUCCUGGGAAUCCACAGUAAAAGGAAAGAAGUGCAUUGUUUUGGUGACUGAACUUAUGACGUCUGGAACACUUAAAACGUAUCUGAAAAGGUUUAAAGUGAUGAAGAUCAAAGUUCUAAGAAGCUGGUGCCGUCAGAUCCUUAAAGGUCUUCAGUUUCUUCAUACUCGAACUCCACCUAUCAUUCACCGCGAUCUUAAAUGUGACAACAUCUUUAUCACCGGCCCUACUGGCUCAGUCAAGAUUGGAGACCUCGGUCUGGCAACCCUGAAGCGGGCUUCUUUUGCCAAGAGUGUGAUAGGUACCCCAGAGUUCAUGGCCCCUGAGAUGUAUGAGGAGAAAUAUGAUGAAUCCGUUGACGUUUAUGCUUUUGGGAUGUGCAUGCUUGAGAUGGCUACAUCUGAAUAUCCUUACUCGGAGUGCCAAAAUGCUGCGCAGAUCUACCGUCGCGUGACCAGUGGGGUGAAGCCAGCCAGUUUUGACAAAGUAGCAAUUCCUGAAGUGAAGGAAAUUAUUGAAGGAUGCAUACGACAAAACAAAGAUGAAAGAUAUUCCAUCAAAGACCUUUUGAACCAUGCCUUCUUCCAAGAGGAAACAGGAGUACGGGUAGAAUUAGCAGAAGAAGACGAUGGAGAAAAAAUAGCCAUAAAAUUAUGGCUACGUAUUGAAGAUAUUAAGAAAUUAAAGGGAAAAUACAAAGAUAAUGAAGCUAUUGAGUUUUCUUUUGAUUUAGAGAGAGAUGUCCCAGAAGAUGUUGCACAAGAAAUGGUAGAGUCUGGGUAUGUCUGUGAAGGUGAUCACAAGACCAUGGCUAAAGCUAUCAAAGACAGAGUAUCAUUAAUUAAGAGGAAACGAGAGCAGCGGCAGUUGGUACGGGAGGAGCAAGAAAAAAAAAGGCAGGAAGAGAGCAGUCUCAAACAGCAGGUAGAACAAUCCAGUGCUUCCCAGACAGGAAUCAAGCAGCUCCCUUCUGCUAGCACCGGCAUACCUACUGCUUCUACCACUUCAGCUUCAGUUUCUACACAAGUAGAACCUGAAGAACCUGAGGCAGAUCAACAUCAACAACUACAGUACCAGCAACCCAGUAUAUCUGUGUUAUCUGAUGGGACGGUUGACAGUGGUCAGGGAUCCUCUGUCUUCACAGAAUCUCGAGUGAGCAGCCAACAGACAGUUUCAUAUGGUUCCCAACAUGAACAGGCACAUUCUACAGGCACAGUCCCAGGGCAUAUACCUUCUACUGUCCAAGCACAAUCUCAGCCCCAUGGGGUAUAUCCACCCUCAAGUGUGGCACAGGGGCAGAGCCAGGGUCAGCCAUCCUCAAGUAGCUUAACAGGGGUUUCAUCUUCCCAACCCAUACAACAUCCUCAGCAGCAGCAGGGAAUACAGCAGACAGCCCCUCCUCAACAGACAGUGCAGUAUUCACUUUCACAGACAUCAACCUCCAGUGAGGCCACUACUGCACAGCCAGUGAGUCAACCUCAAGCUCCACAAGUCUUGCCUCAAGUAUCAGCUGGAAAACAGCUUCCAGUUUCCCAGCCAGUACCAACUAUCCAAGGCGAACCUCAGAUCCCAGUUGCGACACAACCCUCGGUUGUUCCAGUCCACUCUGGUGCUCAUUUCCUUCCAGUGGGACAGCCGCUCCCUACUCCCUUGCUCCCUCAGUACCCUGUCUCUCAAAUUCCCAUAUCAACUCCUCAUGUGUCUACGGCUCAGACAGGUUUCUCAUCCCUUCCCAUCACAAUGGCAGCUGGCAUUACUCAGCCUCUGCUCACGUUGGCUUCAUCUGCUACAACAGCUGCGAUCCCGGGGGUAUCAACUGUGGUUCCUAGUCAGCUUCCAACCCUUCUGCAGCCUGUGACUCAGCUGCCAAGUCAGGUUCACCCACAGCUCCUACAACCAGCAGUUCAGUCCAUGGGAAUACCAGCUAACCUUGGACAAGCUGCUGAGGUUCCACUUUCCUCUGGAGAUGUUCUGUACCAGGGCUUCCCACCUCGACUGCCACCACAGUACCCAGGAGAUUCAAAUAUUGCUCCCUCUUCCAACGUGGCUUCUGUUUGCAUCCAUUCUACAGUCCUAUCCCCUCCCAUGCCGACAGAAGUACUGGCUACACCUGGGUACUUUCCCACAGUGGUGCAGCCUUAUGUGGAAUCAAAUCUUUUAGUUCCUAUGGGUGGUGUAGGAGGACAGGUUCAAGUGUCCCAGCCAGGAGGGAGUUUAGCACAAGCCCCCACUACAUCCUCCCAGCAAGCAGUUUUGGAGAGUACUCAGGGAGUCUCUCAGGUUGCUCCUGCAGAGCCAGUUGCAGUAGCACAGCCACAACCUACCCAGCCGACCACUUUGGCUUCCUCUGUAGACAGUGCACAUUCAGAUGUUGCUUCAGGUAUGAGUGAUGGCAAUGAGAAUGUCCCAUCUUCCAGUGGAAGGCAUGAAGGAAGAACUACAAAACGGCAUUACCGAAAAUCUGUAAGGAGUCGCUCUCGACAUGAAAAAACUUCACGCCCAAAAUUAAGAAUUUUGAAUGUUUCAAAUAAAGGAGACCGAGUAGUAGAAUGUCAAUUAGAGACUCAUAAUAGGAAAAUGGUUACAUUCAAAUUUGACCUAGAUGGUGACAACCCCGAGGAGAUAGCAACAAUUAUGGUGAACAAUGACUUUAUUCUAGCAAUAGAGAGAGAGUCAUUUGUGGAUCAAGUGCGAGAAAUUAUCGAAAAAGCUGAUGAAAUGCUCAGUGAGGAUGUCAGUGUGGAACCAGAGGGUGAUCAGGGAUUGGAGAGUCUACAAGGAAAGGAUGACUAUGGCUUUUCAGGUUCUCAGAAAUUGGAAGGAGAGUUCAAACAACCAACUCCUGCGUCUUCCAUGCCACAGCAAAUAGGCAUUCCUACCAGUUCUUUAACUCAAGUUGUUCAUUCUGCGGGAAGGCGGUUUAUAGUGAGUCCUGUGCCAGAAAGCCGAUUACGAGAAUCAAAAGUUUUCCCCAGUGAAAUAACAGAUACAGUUGCUGCCUCUACAGCUCAGAGCCCUGGAAUGAACUUGUCUCACUCUGCAUCAUCCCUUAGUCUACAACAGGCCUUUUCUGAACUUAGACGUGCCCAAAUGACAGAAGGACCCAAUACAGCACCUCCAAACUUUAGUCAUACAGGACCAACAUUUCCAGUAGUACCUCCUUUCUUAAGUAGCAUUGCUGGAGUCCCAACCACAGCAGCAGCCACAGCACCAGUCCCUGCAACAAGCAGCCCUCCUAAUGACAUUUCCACAUCAGUAAUUCAGUCUGAGGUUACAGGGCCCACUGAAGAGGGGAUUGCUGGAGUUGCCUCCAGCACAGGUGUGGUAACUUCAGGUGGUCUCCCCAUACCACCUGUGUCUGAAUCACCAGUACUUUCCAGCGUAGUUUCAAGUAUCACAGUACCUGCAGUUGUCUCAAUAUCUACUACAUCCCCGUCACUUCAAGUCCCCACAUCCACAUCUGAGAGCGUUGUUUCUAGUACAGCACUGUAUCCUUCAGUAACAGUUUCAGCAACUUCAGCCUCUGCAGGGGGCAGUACUGCUACCCCAGGUCCUAAGCCUCCAGCUGUAGUAUCUCAGCAGGCAGCAGGCAGCACUACUGUGGGAGCCACAUUAACAUCAGUUUCUACCACCACUUCAUUCCCAAGCACAGCUUCACAGCUGUCCAUUCAGCUUAGCAGCAGUACUUCUGCUCCUACUUUAGCUGAAACCGUGGUAGUUAGCGCACACUCACUAGAUAAGACAUCUCAUAGCAGUACAACUGGAUUGGCUUUCUCCCUCUCUGCACCAUCUUCCUCUUCCUCUCCUGGAGCAGGAGUGUCUAGUUCUAUUUCUCAGCCUGGUGGGCUGCAUCCUUUGGUCAUUCCAUCAGUGAUAGCUUCUACUCCUAUUCUUCCCCAAGCAGCAGGUCCUACUUCUACACCUUUAUUACCCCAAGUACCUAGUAUCCCACCCUUGGUACAGCCUGUUGCCAAUGUGCCUGCUGUACAGCAGACACUAAUUCAUAGUCAGCCUCAACCAGCUUUGCUUCCCAACCAGCCCCAUACUCAUUGUCCUGAAAUAGAUUCUGAUACACAACCCAAAGCUCCUGGAAUUGAUGACAUAAAGACUCUAGAAGAAAAGCUGCGGUCUCUCUUCAGUGAACACAGCUCCUCUGGAGCUCAGCAUGCCUCUGUCUCACUGGAGACCUCACUAGUCAUAGAGAGCACUGUCACACCAGGCAUCCCAACUACUGCUGUUGCACCAAGCAAACUCCUGACUUCUACCACAAGUACUUGCUUACCACCAACCAAUUUACCACUAGGAACAGUUGCUUUGCCAGUUACACCAGUGGUCACACCUGGGCAAGUUUCUACCCCAGUCAGCACUACUACAUCAGGAGUGAAACCUGGAACUGCUCCCUCCAAGCCACCUCUAACUAAGGCUCCGGUGCUGCCAGUGGGUACUGAACUUCCAGCAGGUACUCUACCCAGCGAGCAGCUGCCACCUUUUCCAGGACCUUCUCUAACCCAGUCCCAGCAACCUCUAGAGGAUCUUGAUGCUCAAUUGAGAAGAACACUUAGUCCAGAGAUUAUCACAGUGACUUCUGCGGUUGGUCCUGUGUCCGUGGUGGCUCCAGCAGCAAUUACAGAAGCAGGAGCACAGCCUCAGAAGGAUGUUUCUCAAGUCAAAGAAGGCCCUGUCCUAGCAACUAGUUCAGGAGCUGGUGUUUUUAAGAUGGGACGAUUUCAGGUUUCAGUUGCAGCAGACGAUGCCCAGAAAGAGGGUAAAAAUAAGUCAGAAGAUGCAAAGUCUGUUCAUUUUGAAUCCAGCACUUCAGAGUCCUCAGUGCUAUCAAGUAGUAGUCCAGAGAGUACCUUGGUGAAACCAGAGCCGAAUGGGAUAACCAUCCCUGGUAUCUCUUCAGAUGUGCCAGAGAGUGCCCACAAAACUACUGCCUCAGAGGCAAAGUCAGACACUGGGCAGCCUACCAAGGUUGGACGUUUUCAGGUGACAACUACAGCAAACAAAGUGGGUCGUUUCUCUGUAUCAAAAACUGAGGACAAGAUCACUGACACAAAGAAAGAAGGACCAGUGGCAUCUCCUCCUUUUAUGGAUUUGGAACAAGCUGUUCUUCCUGCUGUGAUACCAAAGAAAGAAAAGCCUGAACUGUCAGAGCCUUCACAUCUAAAUGGGCCGUCUUCUGACCCGGAGGCCGCUUUUUUAAGUAGGGAUGUGGAUGAUGGUUCCGGUAGUCCACACUCCCCCCAUCAGCUGAGCUCAAAGAGCCUUCCUAGCCAGAAUCUAAGUCAAAGCCUUAGUAAUUCAUUUAACUCCUCUUACAUGAGUAGCGACAAUGAGUCAGAUAUCGAAGAUGAAGACUUAAAGUUAGAGCUGCGACGACUACGAGAUAAACAUCUCAAAGAGAUUCAGGACCUGCAGAGUCGCCAGAAGCAUGAAAUUGAAUCUUUGUAUACCAAACUGGGCAAGGUGCCCCCUGCUGUUAUUAUUCCCCCAGCUGCUCCCCUUUCAGGGAGAAGACGACGACCCACUAAAAGCAAAGGCAGCAAAUCUAGUCGAAGCAGUUCCUUGGGGAAUAAAAGCCCCCAGCUUUCAGGUAACCUGUCUGGUCAGAGUGCAGCUUCAGUCUUGCACCCCCAGCAGACCCUCCACCCUCCUGGCAACAUCCCAGAGUCCGGGCAGAAUCAGCUGUUACAGCCCCUUAAGCCAUCUCCCUCCAGUGACAACCUCUAUUCAGCCUUCACCAGUGAUGGUGCCAUUUCAGUACCAAGCCUUUCUGCUCCAGGUCAAGGGACCAGCAGCACAAACACUGUUGGGGCAACAGUGAACAGCCAAGCCGCCCAAGCUCAGCCUCCUGCCAUGACGUCCAGCAGGAAGGGCACAUUCACAGAUGACUUGCACAAGUUGGUAGACAAUUGGGCCCGAGAUGCCAUGAAUCUCUCAGGCAGGAGAGGAAGCAAAGGGCACAUGAAUUAUGAGGGCCCUGGAAUGGCAAGGAAGUUCUCUGCACCUGGGCAACUGUGCAUCUCCAUGACCUCGAACCUGGGUGGCUCUGCCCCCAUCUCUGCAGCAUCAGCUACCUCUCUAGGUCACUUCACCAAGUCUAUGUGCCCCCCACAGCAGUAUGGCUUUCCAGCUACCCCAUUUGGCACUCAAUGGAGUGGGACGGGUGGCCCAGCACCACAGCCACUUGGCCAGUUCCAACCUGUGGGAACUGCCUCCUUGCAGAAUUUCAACAUCAGCAAUUUGCAGAAAUCCAUCAGCAACCCCCCAGGCUCCAACCUGCGGACCACUUAGACCUAGAGACAUUAACUGAAUAGAUCUGGGGGCAGGAGAUGGAAUGCUGAGGGGGUGGGUGGGGGGUGGGAAGUAGCCUAUAUACUAACUACUAGUGCUGCAUUUAACUGGUUAUUUCUUGCCAGAGGGGAAUGUUUUUAAUACUGCAUUGAGCCCUCAGAAUGGAGAGUCUCCCCCGCUCCAGUUAUUGGAGUGGGGGAGGAAGGAAAGAACAGCUUUUUUGUCAAGGGGCAGCUUCAGACCAUGCUUUCCUGUUUAUCUAUACUCAGUAAUGAGGAUGAGGGCUAGGAAAGUCUUGUUCAUAAGGAAGCUGGAGAACUCAAUGUAAAAUCAAACCCAUCUGUAAUUUCGAGUGGGUGGAGCUCUUGCUUUUGGUACAUGCCCUGAAUCCCUUACUCCCUCAAGAAUCCGAACCACAGGACAAAAACCACCUACUGGGCUCUCUCCUACCCUGCCCUCCUCCCUUUUUUUUACCCCUCUCUUUUUUAUUUUUUCUUUGCUCUUUAGAACCCAGUGAAAAAUACCAGGGUACUGGGGUGCAACUCUUUCUUAUGAUAGGUCAUUAGUGCUUUAAGCAAAAGAUAUUAGCAGCUUUGACUGCAGCAUUAGCAAUUAGGAAAAAAAAAAAUUAAGUUCCCUGCGGACAUGUAACUUUGCCAUCAGUUUUGAUGUGGAAACACUGUGAUAUAUAAAAUGUUGUUGGACAACAGUAGUUUUAAGAGUAAAAUAUGAAACGUUUAAAAAGUUCCAAAAAAAGCUAGCUCUGUCCUUUACUUAUUGAGACACUUUAACUUUUUCCUUUGUAUUUCCAUUGUAUUAGAUAAAUAAAUGUGAAUGUAAAAUUGUAUAAAUUACUGUACUUGAAUACUUCUGUUUCCCAGUGUUGCUUGCUGGACAUUUUAGUGCCUUGGACUUCUAUUGCUUCUGCCAUUAGCAUCAACUUAUCAGACCCCAGAUCAAUAAAGGGCAUGUGGAAGGAAAUCUUAGGUCCAUGUGACCCCAGCAGUCCAGCAGUGGUUAUGCCAAAGGGAAAUUGAAAAAGUAUUUUUUUAAGAAGUCAUUCAACAACUUUGUCUAGAGCAGGUGUAAGAUGAGUAGGGUGGGAAGUUAAGUUGGCAUCAGUGGUUAAAAACAGAAAGUUCUGUUUCAGGAAUAGUGAGGAGGGGGUGUUGUAACAAAAUUGGGCAACUUAAAAGAAUGGUGUGUGCUGGGUGAAAGACAAAGACUAAAGAAUGAGGAAACAAACGUGCUGCCUGGCCAGGGACUGUCAUAUAAACCUUUCUUAUUUGAGCUAGGCUUGAACAGACGUGACCUAGAAGAAAUUGAACAUAAAGAGAAGGGGGUGGGGGCUAGUUUUCAAGUUGGGGAACCUGAUAGUGAAAAGUCACAGAUGGAGAAAGUUGCUCUCAGAAAAACUGUUUGGAUUGCUUUCCUCUUGUUGCACAAUGUACCAUGCAUUUCUCAGCUUGGGGUACUACAUUUUGUGGAAAGUGAAUCUAUCUUUCCACAUCUGAAUUAAUCAUUCUAGGAAAGAAUACUUAUUCCUACUCAUUUCCUUUAUGAUGUCCAAAUGGUUGCAGGAUCAUAAUCUAUUGUGCCACCUUUAUUUCUAGAAGGACAACUAAUAUGUUCACAUUUUCAAAUAAAUACUCCCCGUAAGUAAUAACUGCAACCAAUCAGUGUUAUUUAGUGCUAUGCCUCCUUGUAAUGGGUAGUUAUUAAUUAUUUUCAGAGCUUUCCGGAAAUACUGUCCUAACUGGCUAUGUUUAGGAUCUUUGUUAUCUCUGAAGACAAAAAGAAAGAAGCUAGGACUCUUAAUUUUGGGGUGCUUCUUGACUCUUAGUUGGGAAACUGAAAAUAUUUCCAACCUUUUACCCACGUCAAUGGCAUAUUCUGGGAACCACCACCACCACCACUACCACAGAAAGAGGCUGGAGGCUCCUGUACCCUGUUCAUUCCUUAAGGGCCCUGCUUCCCUUAAUAAGUAAGUAAGUUGGUCUACGGCCCUAAAUAUGCAAAUGAGAGCUGAAGGUUUUUAAAAGGUAGAAAGGAAAAGGGCAAGGGCUUCCACCCCUGCUUUAAAAUGAUUUAUUUAGUCUCUGCUUAUAUUUCUUGUGGAGAGAGUAAGGAUAGAACCAACAAGGGGCUGAGUAGCUGAGAAAGGGGCCACCCAAGAGUGAAACAUACUUUAUACCAGAGGAGCAGUGGAGCCUCAUGCAGCACAUUAUCAUCUGUUAUUUGGGUUUAAUAAUAAUUUUGACAUCUUUUCACUCAUACACAAAAAAAGUCAGAACUGGUGUUAUUUACUGUUGAUUUCAUCCUCCUGUGUAUGAAAUAACAAGCCUAGAGGAAUGAACUAGUGCUACUGAACUGUUUGUUUAAAUUAUUUUUGUGUUAAUAGUACACUUUGAGUAUCUUUUUCCACAUUAAAAACUUUCUGAAUUAUAAAUGUUUUCCUUACAUUAUUUAACAAUGUACACUGUUAAAAAUAAAAAUAAAAAUUCAAACUUACUUUGGGGGUUUCUCAGCAGCCGUUAAUUGUACAUUUUGCACUAACUCGGUGUUGCGCUUCUUGUAAGAUUGCGCUUUGUGCUUCAGUUUGUUACCUUUGUAGACUUAUUUAAUGAAACCAUUCAAAUAAACCAAACUUGCUUUUGUUGAGCUGUGGGGUUUCAUUUCCAGAAGAUUCCUUCACAUUCUCAUUGGCACUAUUUUGAGUUAAGUGCAAUUUAUAACUGGAUUCCUAAUUCCUGGGAGCUCCUUUGCUGCCUCCUUAACUUCCAAAGGAACAGAAACGGUCGGCUGCCGGCUAGUACUUUCAGACUUCCUUAUCUCAGGUUCACAGCUUCCCAAAUGGGUCUGAGCCAAAAAAUAGGAAGUCACUGCUUCAAGAUUAGCCACAGCCCAGCCCAAAAUAAUACGUCUAAAAAAAUUAAAUUGGCUGGGCGCAAUGGCUCAUGCCUAUAAUUCUAGUACUUUUUACUUUGGGAGGCCGAGGUGGGCAGAUCACUUGAGGUCAGUUUGAGACCAGCCUGGCCAACAUGGAGAAACCCCGUCUCCUCUACUAAAAAUACAAAAAUUAGUCGGGCGUCGUGGUGGGUGUCUGUAAUCCCAGCUACUCGGGAGCCUGAGGCAGGAGAAUCGCUUGAAUCCUGGCAGGCGGAGGCUGCAAUGAGUCAAGAUGGCACCGCUGCACUCCAGCCUGCGCUACAGAGCCAGACCCCCCUCUCAAAAAAAAAGUUAAACUGCAAACUUCAUUAUUUUGGGGGAAGAAUUGUGAAACAUCUGAGCACUAUGAAAAGCCAAUUUAUGGUCAAGGUGGGUUACAUCUCACACCUGAAAUGGGGAAGUAGAAACAGUUGCGUUUGAGCAUCCCUAAUUGAAGAAAUGCUCUGAGAUCAGAAAAUUUCUGAGCACUGAUGUGAUGCCAGAAGUGGAAAAUUCCACACGUGACCUCGUGUGACAAGUCGCAAAGCACCAGGCAUACAACAGUUUAUGCAGCGACCCUAAGAGAAAAAAAGGCCCAGCCCCCUUCAGCUGCAGUGUAUCUUCUUAUACAAAAACUUUGUUUCAUGCACAAAAUUAUGUGUAUGAGGCAUAUACACGAAACACAGGUGAAUUCCACGUUCAGACUUGGGUCCCAUCCCCAAGGUCUCAUUAUGUGUAUAUAAAUAUUCAAAAAAUGCAAAACAAUUCUGGUUUCAAGCAUUUCAGAUAAGCAGAUAAGCAAUCUAUAUAUAUUCUAUUUUGUUAAUAAGGUAUACGAUUUGCUUUCUCAAAAAUGCCUUUUCUGGCCAGACAGACACAGUGGCUCACACCAGUAAUCCCUGUAUUUUGUAAGGCAGAGGUGGGAGUAUCACUUGAGCCCAGGAGGUUGUGGAGAGAGCUGUGUUUGCACCACUGAACUCCAGUCAGGGCAACACAGCCAGACCCCGUCUCAAAAAAAAAAAAAAAAAACAGCUUUUUUCGUGGUCUUGAUUAUUUCCUUCCUUAGGAAAAAAUGUCCAUCUUGAAACAAUGCAGGAUUGUAAUGUCAUAAAUCCAUAAAUUAUUUAUAUUAAAUGAAGAUUGUAGCCUGGAUUGAUACAAAGUAGUGAAAAGCACUGCUCCAACCUUUUUCCUGUCGUGAUCCACAGUGCUUAAUGUGGACAACAUUAAAGGCAUGGACCGUAAAGGAAAGAAGGCAGACGUUAUGCAAAAUAGCCGAACGUAGACAAUUGCUGAGGCAGGUGCUUAGGACCAAGUCUGGCCUAUAUUGCUCGAGGGCAAGGAGCCAUUGGUGAUUCCUAAAAUGUCCAUCUUUAUUAACAUAAUAGUUCAGUAAUAAAUAGUGGGAAGCCUCACAAGCCGAAGAAAAGGUAUUCAUCUGUCCAGAGCCUCUCCCUACUAGAGUGAUGGACAAGCUUUUCAAAAGUGCUCAGCUCUAACUGCAGUGGGCUCUCAGUCAGAUCCUCUUGAUAAGGUUCAGAAUGAAGCAAGAUAAAUCGCAAUGACGUUCAUUCUCCAGGAGCGAUGAACAAUUUCAUGACCAAAAAGUAGUUUUCCAAAGUCCCUUUGUGACAGAGUCCAAUCAUGUGGCCUGAGCCUCAGUUAAGAUGGAUCAUAUUUCCUUUUCUUCAUGUCCUGGCUCUUCCUAUGAGAUUCCCAGU